AUGUAUGCAUAUUUUAAAAAUCUCCACUACUUUUCGACGGAAUGUGUUUUCGCUCCGAAUGCAUAUCGUGGACAUGUUAGAACAUUUUUAAAAGAUUUAGAAAAGAUUAGGCCUGCAUCGAUAAUAAACAUAAUACAUUCUGGAGAAAGCAUAGGUUUAAAAAAAGGUAUUAAAUUACCACAAAAGGGUACAUGUUCUAAAUGUGGUUUCGUUUCUAGUCAAUUAAUUUGCAAGGCUUGCACACUUUUAGCUGGUUUAAAUAAAGGACUUCCAAAAAUUGGAAUAGGAAAAACUAGUAAAGUUAACAAAGCUUUAUCGAAACUUACUACUGAUGAAUUAAUACAAAUAUAA